AUGGAUGCCGUUGUCGAUUUCUUCAGAAGACCAUCCAAUAAGAAGUACAUUGGCGAAGUACUAUUCUAUACGGCCGUUCAAGUCACCGGUAUCCUCUUGGUCCACUGGUUGAUCAUGCCUCAAGACCCUGCUAGAAAAGACGCAAAAAGCAAGGGGAUCAAAGCAUUGGGAAAAUUAGGCCUUUCCCACUUACGACUCACACCACAUGAACGAAUUAUUGCAGGCGAAAUCAUUCACAGCGAUGAUAUCUCAGUAUCUUUUAGUGAAAUUGGUGGGCUGGAUGACAUUGCUGAGGACCUGAGAGAGGCCGUGAUCUACCCACUGUGUUACCCUGAACUUUACGCUGAAUCGUCUGAUCUGCUGGGUGCACCUGGUGGCGUACUUUUAUAUGGUCCUCCUGGCUGCGGCAAAACCAUGCUGGCAAAAGCUUUAGCCAAAGAGAGCGGAGCGACGUUUAUCAACCUGCGUAUCUCGUCUUUGACCGACAAGUAUUACGGUGAAUCGAAUAAAUUGGUCGAUGCGGUAUUUUCUCUGGCAAAGAAGGUGGAGCCAUGUAUCAUUUUCAUUGACGAAAUUGAUGCAUUGUUUCGCGAGCGUCGAGAUUCGGAUCAUGAUGCCACCAACAUGAUCAAAACCGGCUUCAUGACACUAUGGGAUGGGUUGGCUACGCAUAAAAAUCCACGCAUUGUUCUCUUGGGGGCCACUAAUCGACCUCACGAUAUCGAUACCGCUAUUUUACGGAGAAUGCCAAAACGAUAUGCUGUGAAACUACCCAGCGCGUCUCAAAGAAGAGCAAUUUUGGAAAUUCUUCUUAAAGAUACACAACUCGCUCCCGACUUUGAUAUGCGUGAACUUGUUCAACGGACCGCUGGAUGCUCUGGUAGCGAUCUAAAAGAACUUUGCCGCAACGCAGCUAUGGUGCCUAUCCGCGAAUACAUUCGCUCUUCAGGGCAGUUAUCCAAAGGCAGUAAAGCGAGCGAAGAUUUGGAAAAUUUGAGGGGCUCGAAAGUCGAACUUCGACCUCUUGGGGUGCAAGAUUUUUAUAAAUCCCAACGAGCCGAUCCGGCCGCCAGUAGUCAAGAAGCCGAUGUGUUCCUUCCCCAAGAAAAUUUGGACUAA